AUGGAGCGAAUUCAAAACGGCGGCCCAAGAGCAAACGGUUUCUCGUCGAGGAAGAUGUUAAAAGGAAUUGAUCAGCUGGCGUGGCAGCGAAUUUCCUACAAAGCAUUGUUCGCGCUGCUCUUCGCUACGCCUGCAUUGGUUCAGUAUGGUUUGGGCUUGCCGUUUUGGUGCUAUCCCAUAGCGUUUGCUAUCCUGUUCCUGCCUGUUUUUGGAGUUUUUAUGAUGGCCUUCAACCGAAUGUGCGUCGCUGAGUACGGUGUGCAAUCAACCAACGUCUCACGGUUCAUUGAUUUCAGUGACCCAACCUUGGCAUCAAAAUACGCCAACAAAAAGAUUCCUAUGGAAGUUCUGUACGAAGCUUACGCUGACGGCAAGCUAGACUUUAAAUGUGAUGUCCUAGAAGCUCUGGAAAAUCGUCAUCUCUUCUCUACCUUCGAACUGACAUUUGAUCACAUCAGAUUUUUGAUUUACAAUUUUAUUCCCGAGCUGAUCUUUCACUCGAAAAUCCAAGACGCCGAACAGGUUUGCGAUCAUUAUGACCGUGGAAAUGAUUUCUAUGAAGCUUUUCUAGGUCCCAUGAUGAUCUACACCUCGGGGAUUUGCCGAAAUGAGUCGGAAACGCUUGAAGAAAUGCAAUCGAACAAGCUCAAAAUGGUCGGAGAGAAAUGUCAGAUGAGGGAAGGCGACAAACACUUGGAUAUUGGUUGUGGGUGGGGUACGCUAGUCAAUUAUGCAGCUGAGAAUCACGGCACUCACUCAACAGGCGUUACCCUGGCUAAACGGCAGAUUGAAUGGGGGCAGGGUGUGGCCGAAAAAAAGCAAGUUGGCAGCCGAAUUAAGUUUUUGUGCAUGGACUAUCGUGAUAUCCCGAAUACAAAAUAUGACAAGAUAACUUGUCUGGAAAUGGCUGAACAUGUUGGUGUGAAAAAUUUCCAGUCCUUCCUGGCUCAGGUGCGAGACAUGCUGGAAGACGAUGGCAUCUUCUUUCUGCAGAUCGCUGGCCUGCGCAGAACAUGGCAGUGGGAAGAUUUCAUCUGGGGACUGUUCAUGGCCAAGUACAUCUUCCCUGGGGCAGAUGCCAGCUGUCCUUUGGGUUGGAUUGUCACCGAGCUUGAGCGAGCUGGCUUUGAGAUCCAUUCAUCAGAGACCAUCGGGGUUCACUACUCGCUGACGAUCAAUCGCUGGUACGAUAACUGGAUGAAGCCUGCAAAUCAAGCAGCCAUGACAGAAAAGUAUGGCCGAAUUGUUCGAAUCUGGAACAUCUUCCUGGCAUGGUCCACCAUCAUAGCACGUCAAGGGAAUUCUACUUGCACUCAACUGGUAUGCCACAAAAAUCUUAAUGUAUAUGACCGGUUAAAAUUAUUUAAAGUAAAGUCCAACUAA